AUGGCUACUGCUCAAGUUGUCGACAUUUCCCUCCCUUCCUUGCCUCAGGGCUGGACUAGUGAGAAGGACUUCAAGAUUUUGGGAUCUCUCUCCGGUGCCACCAAGCGUAACGUGGAGCCCGUUGGCCCGCACUUCCUCGCUCACGCUCGCCGAUCCCGCCACAACCGCACUUUCUCCGAGGAUGAGCGCCUCCAGGCUCAGAACAACGUCAAGAAGACUGAGACUGAGGAAGAUGAUGAUAUCUCCGAGGAUGAGGACCCUAUGAUGCUUGCCCGUGAGGCCAAGGACUGGAAGAGCCAAGAUCACUACGCCGUUCUCGGUCUGAGCAAGUACCGCUACCGCGCUACUCCCGAGCAGAUCAAGCGGGCCCACCGCAAGAAGGUUCUGCGUCACCACCCCGAUAAGAAGGCCGCUCAGGGCAAGAGCGACGAGAACGACAGUUUCUUCAAGUGUAUCCAGAAGGCCACCGACCUUCUUUUGGACCCUACUCGCCGCCGCCAGUUCGAUUCCGUCGAUGAGAACGCCGAGGUUGAGCCCCCCACCAAGAAGCUCAGCGGCAGCAAGUUCUACAAGGCCUGGCACCCCGUUUUCGUCGCCGAGGGUCGCUUCUCCAACAAGCAGCCCGUCCCCGAACUCGGAGACGAGAACAGCACCCAGGAGCACGUCGAGACUUUCUACAACUUCUGGUACAACUUCGACAGCUGGAGGACUUUCGAGUACCUCGAUGAGGACGUUCCCGAUGAUGGAGAGAGCCGUGACCAGAAGCGUCACGUCGAAAAGAAGAACGCCAACGCUCGUCGCAAGCGCAAGACCGAGGAUACCGUCCGUCUGCGUGAGCUCGUUGACGAGUGUCUCUCCUCCGAUGAGCGUAUCAAGAAGUUCCGCCAGCAGGCCCGUGCUGGCAAGGAUGCUAAGCGUCUUGCCAAGGAGGAGGAGAUCCGUCGCCAGAAGGAGGAGAAGGAGAAGGCUAAGGCCGACGAGGAGAAGCGCAAGAAGGAGGCUGAGGAGGCCGCCAAGGCUGAGCGCGAGAAGAGCAAGAAGGCCAAGGAGGCCGCUAAGAACGCUGCCAAGAAGAACAAGCGUAUCCUCAAGGGAUCCGUCAAGGAGGUUAACUACUUCGCCGCCGGCGGUGAUGCCUCCGCCACCGAGAUCGACAAUGUCCUCAGUGAUGUCGACCUCAUCAUGGGCAAGAUCGACGUUGACGAGCUCGCCGUGCUGGCUGAGAAGCUUACCAUUGCCGGUACUGACGGUGCUGCCGUUAAGUCUGCUUGGACUGGUGAGGCUCAGCGCCUUGUCGAUGCUGGCAAGCUCAAGGCCGGCGAGACCAAGGUCUUCGCUUAG